GGGCCUGUGCUCUGCGCCGUAUUCACUGCUGAAAGAUUAGACUCACCUCCUGUCCACUACUGAUUUUACACAGAUUUAUACGAUUAUAACCACUUUAUUAGCCACUCGGAGGUGAUCCAAACUUUCUCUGCUAGCCGUGUAUGUUCACGACUGGAGGGAUUUCUGCAAGCAUAUAUGCUAACAGACUGCGAGCAGAAGGAAUGGGGUCCCACGAGCAGGCAGUGAAGUUCGCUAACCAGGACUACGAGGCGCUAAAGCAGGAGUGUCUGGAGUCUGGGAGCCUGUUUGAAGACCCCCUGUUUCCGGCUGAACCCCCCUCCCUGGGAUUUAAGGAGCUGGCCCCGUACUCGGCCAAAACCAAGGAUGUGGAGUGGAUGAGACCCACGGAGCUGGCAACAGAUCCUCAGUUCAUUGUGGGAGGUGCCACCAGGACAGACAUUUGCCAGGGAGCGCUGGGUGACUGUUGGCUUUUAGCUGCCAUUGGAUCUCUCACUCUGAAUGAGAGACUUCUGCACCGCGUUGUUCCACACGGUCAGUCUUUUCAGGAUGACUAUGCUGGCAUCUUCCACUUCCAGUUCUGGCAGUUUGGUGAUUGGGUUGACGUGGUGAUAGACGACCGACUUCCUGUCAAAGAUGGAGAACUCAUGUUUGUCCACUCUGCUGAGGGCAACGAAUUCUGGAGUGCACUGCUGGAGAAGGCCUAUGCUAAGCUAAAUGGAUCCUAUGAGGCCCUGUCUGGAGGCAGCACAACUGAAGGUUUUGAGGAUUUCACUGGAGGAGUUUCAGAGAUGUACGAACUCCGAAAACCUCCGCGAGAUUUGUACAGGAUCAUCAGGAAGGCACUAGACCGAGGAUCACUGCUGGGCUGCUCUAUUGAUAUCACCAGUGCUUUUGAUAUGGAGGCUAUUACGUUCAAGAAGCUGGUGAAGGGCCAUGCCUACUCUGUCACAGGACUCAAGGAGGUCAAUUACCGAGGCAGAAUGGAGCGUCUCAUCCGGAUACGUAACCCUUGGGGCCAGGUGGAGUGGACUGGAGCCUGGAGUGACAAUUCUUCUGAAUGGGAUCAAAUUGACGCGUCUGAAAGAGAAGACUUGAACUGUCAAAUGGAGGAUGGGGAGUUUUGGAUGGCCUUCAGUGAGUUCCUCCGUCAGUUUUCUCGUCUGGAGAUUUGUAACCUGACGCCGGAUGCUCUGAGCGAGGACAGCUUGAGUCACUGGAACACCAUAAAGUUUUACGGGACAUGGAGGAGAGGAAGCACCGCGGGGGGCUGCAGGAACCAUCCCAACACGUUUUGGAUCAACCCUCAAUACAAGAUCACGCUCCUGGAGGAAGAUGAUGACCCGGAGGACGAUGAAGUGGCCUGUAGUUUCCUGGUAGCUCUGAUGCAGAAGGAUCGCCGCAGAUACAGACGCCAGGGACAGGACAUGCACACCAUCGGAUUUGCUCUUUAUGAGAUUCCUGAAGAGUACAGAGGUUGUCAGAACGUGCACUUGAAGAAGAAUUUCUUUUUGUCCCACUCAUCUUGUGCUCGUUCUGAGACAUUCAUAAACUUGCGCGAGGUAAGCACCCGGCUGAGGUUACCCCCUGGAGAGUACCUCGUGGUUCCCUCCACAUUUGAACCUGGGAAAGAGGCUGAUUUUGUUCUCCGAGUCUUCACUGAGAAACAAUCAGAAACAGAGGAAUUGGAUGAUGAGGUUGUUGCUGAGUUGGCGGAUGAGGAUGACAUUACAGAAGAUGACAUUGAUGAUUCCUUCAAAGCAAUGUUUGCCCAACUUGCUGGAGAGGAUAUGGAGAUUUCCAUUCAUGAGUUGAGGACCAUUCUCAACAGAGUGAUGGGUAAACACAAAGACUUGAAGACAGAUGGGUUCAGUAUGGAGUCCUGUCGAACCAUGGUUAACCUCAUGGAUAAAGACGGCAGUGCGCGUUUGGGGCUGGUGGAAUUUCAGAUCCUCUGGAAUAAGAUUCGUAAAUGGCUGACAAUUUUUAGACAAUAUGACCUUGAUAAAUCUGGUGCUAUGAGUUCAUAUGAGAUGCGCCUGGCUGUGGAAGGAGCAGGUUUUAAGCUGAAUAAUAAACUAAAUCAGAUCCUAGUUGCCCGAUAUGCAGAGAAUGAAAUGAUUGAUUUUGACAACUUCAUCUGCUGCUUGGUCAAACUUGAGUGCAUGUUUAGGUCUUUCCAGCUUUUCGACAGAGAAGGAUCUGGAACGGCUGAGCUGACUCUAACCGAAUGGCUGUACAUGACCAUGUGUGGCUAGAAGAAAUGUCUACAGUUUAAAAGAAGUAUAAAGAGGUACAGUGCCAUGCAAACUGUCAAACCCGGGAGCCCUGAAGACCCUCAGCCUUACGGAAAUAUAGAUUUUCAAACAAAUCCCACCUCAGUAUUAAGUAGCAACAUACUGUAAUUCUUAGGCCUGUCACAAUAACAAACGUUAAAGUGUAUGAUAUAUUGAAAGAAAAUACUGUGAUUAAUGGAAAUAUAUGAAAAGACCACUAUUGGGGUGCCUACAAUGUUCCAUAGUAUGGCUUAAACAUAACUGUAUGCAUGUUAUAGGUCAGAUCUGUGCAAAGGCAACAACCACUAGAUUUAAGAAGGCUUAUUUUUAAAAAGUAAAAACUAAUUACACAAAAUGUAAAGUUUACCUUUACCUUUAACACCAUCUACCAUUUACUGAACAAUAAGUACUGGUAAUUAUAUAGUAACUAUUGUGACAAGCCUAGUAAAUGCUACACCAAAGCGCUUCUUCAAAAGAUUAUUUCAGCUUGCCUUGUAGUAUCUGAAAAAUCAUAAACUAUGCAAAUCUACUAUAUGAAACAGGCACCGUGCCACUGUCCCAGCAUGAAGAAAAGCAUGGCUAAAAGCUACAAUAUGCUUUGUAAUGUUAUUACAUUUGUCUAUUUUAUGUGAAAGAGAUAAAGGAAAAAAGUACAUGAAUGUUACUACAAUGGUUCUGAAAGUGACGUCUUAGACUCCUUCUAUUACUGAUGCUUGUGAAAUACCUUAAGACUUGAUAAUUCACUGUGGAAGGAUUUUAACACGCGUUACAUUUGUAGUUUUAUUAUUUCACCUCAAGAUGGCAGCAUAGAUAUGAAGGUUUUGCACAGUUGUUUUUGUAACACAUUAGUUUCUAUUUUGCACUUAGAUUGUAUUUUUUUAAAUAAUUAAGCUUUAGCAGAUUUGCGCCAGACUACAAAAAAAUGCUGUAAUACAUCACUUGAUUAGAGUCAGGUGGAACUAACAGGGAUCACACAAUCAAUCAAUGCCUUAGACUCACAUCAGUUAAAACACUGCUUUUUAAUUGUACCAGUUAUGUGUAUGUGUUGUGAAUGUUUGUUGUGCCUUAAAUAAAUAUUUGCCCCAUUUGGAA